CCACAUAACCCAUAAGGCCCAGGUUUAAUAGCGAUGAGCUCGGUCUUCAGUUAAGGGAGAAGCGAAAGCCAUGGCACCACGGCAGGUUCUUUUGUCUCGUCUCGGAUAAUCGCAGAGAGAUUUCUGACAGAAUAAGAAAUGGAUUCAUGAUUACAUCAAGAUUACAGAGAAAGUAAUCACUGGUUUUUCCUUCUCAUCUUGCUGAUAUGUCCAAGAAUCUACAGAGCGGUGUUUCAGCCAAAGAGUGAGUUUUAAGGAAAUUGAAUGAGUGGUUAUAGAUUAGUCGUUUAGCUUACCUCAAAGUGAUUUGGCGGCAUUCUUUAUUAUAAUGUAAUUGACUAUGCAAUAGGACAGUCUCAUGAAUCAUGAUUAUUCUCUCUAUAAAAAAGCUUAUUUCCUUUCCACCUUGCUUAUAUAAACUAUGAUGAAUUUUAGACUUUUUAGUGCAUGAUCCACAUCUCUGAACAUCAGUUGCUCAUGAGUAAUAAUUAAUUAAGCAUAAUUAUUCCUUUGCAUGUAUGUAUAUACUAUAUAUGUCAUUAUUAACUUAUUCUCUCAAUUAUGACUACCGGUUACUACUUAUCAUGGAUGCACACAGUGCUGAAUGAAACAACCCCACGUAAGGUCAAAAGAUCAUGAAUCUCAUAAUAUUCAAUCGAUUUAAGAUAUGGAAAAUUGUUAUCUUCCCUUCAUUAUUUUCUUAUAUUCAGGGAAAAUUUCGAAUUUCCUGAAGAAGGGGUCAAAGUUAAUCCGUUCUCUCUCUCACACUCUAAUGUAUGUGUGUGUGAGGAAAUGAAACCUCUGUUGAAAAUGCCCUUCCUCAAAUCUUGGUCUUCGUGGAAGCAAAUGCCGAAGUGGCCAUCACGAUCUCGCCACCUCUCUCUCUCUCUCUCCAUAUAAAAAUCUCUUCUUUUGCUUAUUUUCCAUUGUUGAAAUCAGAAUAUCGGAUCACCACAUGACCGUUUCCUUCUCUGCUUUGAAACUCUCCUAAACAAAGUAACAAACCCACCUCUGCCUCCUUUUCCUCUCUCGCGUCUUUUUCUUGGUAUCUUUUCUUUGUCUCAAAGGGGUAUACUCUUGUGGGGUUUCUUGAUUUUCUUUCAUUUUUUUUCUCCUUUUGACCCCAAAUUAUCCUACUUUUCAUUCUUUACUAUUAUUACCUCUUACUGGGUGUCUCCCAUUUUUGUUGUUUCCGGGUUUUGCCUUUGCCUUUGUUGUUUUUUUGCUUUCCAGACGUUCUGUGCUUUCUUUUUUGGUGACAGGAGUUUCUAAACCGUUUUUGGUCCUUUUUCCUGUCACUGUUUGAUGGGCUGUUGUUGAUGUCCUUGACGGCUGGUGUGGAUUUGAGUUCCAAAAACAUGGGUCUGGAUGAGAACAAUGAAAAUGUCUCGGAGACCAAAACAGCAGCAGCGAAAACACCCAUGAAUAAUGAAGAUGAACCUCCAAGUGGUGGCAUUAGUAGACAAAUGAGUGAGAGCUCCAUUGGUGCAACCGAGGAUGAAGAGGAAGAUGAAGAAAGGAAGAUUGAGUUGGGUCCUCAGGUCACGCUUAAAGAACUCUCUGAGAAGGAUAAGGAUGAUGAGAGCUUGAGAAGGUGGAAAGAGCAGCUGCUUGCUGGUGUGGAUCUUGAAUCUGUUGGAGAAAAUCUGGAGCCAGAAGUUAAGAUCCUGAGCCUGGCGAUCAAAUCCGCUGGUAGACCUGAUAUUGUCCUUUCAGUCCCUCCAACUGGAGAUCCAAAAGGCUUAUGGUUCACCUUAAAAGAAGGAAGCAAAUACAGUCUGGAGUUCACUUUCCAGGUUAACAAUAACAUUGUGUCUGGCCUCAGAUAUACUAACACAGUGUGGAAAACUGGCUUUAAGGUUGAUAGCGCAAAAGAGAUGCUUGGAACUUUUAGCCCUCAGGCAGAACCUUAUACUCAUGAGAUGCCUGAAGAAACAACUCCAUCAGGCAUUUUUGCUAGAGGCCAAUAUGCAGCUACAACCAAGUUCAUCGAUGACGACAACAAAUGCUACUUGGAGAUCAAAUACACCUUUGAUAUCCGGAAAGAGUGGCAGUCAACUUAAAACUCAGAUUUUUCCACCUUCAAGAGCCACUGUUCUUUGUCCCUAGUCGAUCAUUUGCCAAGUUGAAUCUGCUUUGGAUGUUAAACAUUCCCUGUUUUUUUUUUUUUUUUUCAUUUUCAUUUUACUUUCAUGUCUGAGAUUGAUCUGGAAUCUCUAAACAGUGAAGAGAAGAUUAAAUGAGAAUGCAUGUAAACAUUCAUUUGC